AUGGAGAAAAUGAGGGAAGUGCCGCCGCGACUAUACCUUCUCCUCGCCAUCGUUCUAUUUUUGGCCACUUUCGGGCUUACCGGCCUUGUUGUGGCACCCGCCAGCGUCCUGUGCUUCGUGGCAGGGUAAUUUUGAAAAAAGAUUUUCCCGAAAAACGAUCAAUUACAGAUUUCUGUACAUUUUCUAUCAAACUGGCGUCGAAAAGUCGCAAAAAGUGGACGAAGAGCUCGUGGCGACGCUCGAAUCGUUCAAAUUUCAGUCGGGAAUUGAGCAGCUGCUGCGAAAUGCGAAAAGAUUGAAAGAGCAGAAUCAGUACGUCGAGGUGCACUCGUUGAGCAACUCGCCGCAGUUGGAUCAGGUUUUAGAGCAGGUGGGAGGCGGUUUUAGGCCAAAAUUAUACAGAAUAACAAAAAAAAUCACAAAAAUGACUCUAGACGCCGUUAGGAGCUAACCUCGACAAUUUCAGAUUCUCGGCAACAUUACACGUGAUUACAUCGGAUUCUGGUACAAAAAUUUGUCGAACGACACGAUUUUCGAGCAAAGUCUGAAAAGGACGUCCCGCAGAUCGGUUGCCUCGCUCACACAGUGGUAAAUUUUACAAAAAUUCCAAAGAUUUCCGCAGAAAUCUCAAUUUUGCAGCCUACGUCAGGUGGAUUGGGUGCCUUUGAUCACUCGUGACGUCGUCGACGAUUUCGCAUCGCAUCUUCGACUUUUCCGAAAGGCAAAAGAGAGAACCGCGUUUCAGAAUGGUAACAAUCGGAUUUUUCACCUAAAUUUGUCCUGAAAAUCGCAAUUUCCCACGCAAAUACCGAAAAGCUUCAUCACAUGUUAAUUUGACCUGAACAUUCGAUAAUUUCUCCUAAAUUCUGCAUGUUUUCAGACAAAAAAACGGAAAAAGAGUCGAAAUCGAAGGAGGAGAUGGACGCCGAGCUGCUCAGCAACUUUUUCGAUUUCGAGUUGGAAAUGGAGAAAUCGCUGUGCCGAGAUUUGCUUUCGACGACUCCCCACUACGAAAAUGGUUAGAAUGAGCGAAUUUAAGCGAAAAGCAGCGAAAAUUGGGCGAAUAUUAAAAAAAAACGUAUAAGAUUGUUACAGCGUACCUACACGACCUCGUCGACAUCAUUCUGUAUCUGAUUAUGCCUCCCGAAGACUUCAGAUGCCGUCCCCUUCGGUUUUUGCUAAGAGAAGUCGUUGGUAAGCGCACAUUCUAGGCAAAUUGUAAAAAAAAGUUCUUGAAAACUCUAAAAGGCAUUCUUAACUAACUAAUAUUGCCGCGCGCUUUCCACCGAAUUUUUCUUAAUUUUGCAGUGCGAAAAGUGAUCCUGCCGACGCUGGACUACUUGUCCGACCCGAACGAGAUCUUCCAGCUGAUCGUGUGGCUUCUCAGCGAGGUCGAACCGAAACCCGACGAUUUUGUGGCGUGUCUCACGAAUUCGACGUGCGCCGACGAGCUGGAGGCCGUUUUUCAGUCGAUUGUCGACGAGAAAACGGUCAUGCGCGGCAAGGAUUCCGGCGGAGAACAAGGUAUUUCCAUUUUCUCGAACGAUUCCAGGUGUUUAGUGUUUUUGCAGACACAUUUGUGAAACAACAGUUGGCGAGUCUUCAAUUCGUCGAAAAUCUCGUCAGAAGGCGCAUCGACUUUCUGGGAUCCAAAGAUUCCGCGUAUUUGGUGAGAAUUAGCGUUUUUGUGCACUAGUUUCAAAGUUGCCUGACAAUUUCAGUCGAAAUUCGGCGAAGACGGGGAGCAACUGGUGCAACUACCGCUCCACGUCAUCCUCACCAACUCGACCGCCCUGUCGCAAUUCAUCGAGUUCCUCAAAUCGGCCGGCGGACAGAAUUACAUUGAUUUCUAUCUGGCCAUCGAGGUACUGAACUUGUGGCGCACUUGCUGGACACGAUAUUAUCAGUCCAAUAGUGUGUUCAGUGAAAUUUCCAGCCUGUUAAUUUCAAAUGUUCAGAUGUGUUGAGGGAAUUUAUUAACGUUUCGCCGGAAAGCUCAAAGACUGAUAAUAUCGUGUCAUAUUGAUUGAUGAUAGCAUUUGGCUCUUCUAAAAGUACGGAAUAACUCCUCAAUUCUUUCAGGGCUUCAAAGUAUCCGUCGAGCAUCAGAUGAGAUCACUUUCAAAAGGAGAGCUGACCGAAAGGGACGCGUACGAGACGGUCAAGGAGGCGGCCAAGUACAUGUACGAUCAGUACUUGUCCGAAGAGGUAAAACUGUCAUUUUCGAUGAAAUCAGAACUGUACAACAGUGUUUUUCAGUCAAGAUAUUCGAAAAUCCUCAAUUUUUUAGGCCAUAACACGCGUUCCACUGGAUGACGGCCUAAUCUCGAAGUUCCUGCACCGCCUGAAAAACGACGAGCCGCACGAUUUGUGGUUCGAAUCAAUUCAGGAGAAGGUGGUCGAGACCCUGAAAACAGACGAUCACUUCUUUCCGGCGUUCAAAAAGUCGGCGGCCUACGUGAAAAUGCUUCUGGAACUGGAGAUCAUCGACGAGGAUCGGAACGACCCGGAAAUGUCCGAAUCCGAAUCGAUCGCCUCGUCGAUUUCCUCCUCGCAGGACCCGGAACUGGCGGCCCGAAAGCUGUCGGUGGAGGAGAAUUCGGGAGCGUUGGAGGGCGAGCCCGUCAUGACGGCCGUCGUCGAAACUCUCGGCAUCGGGCACCAGGGAAAACAGACGUACGCGCUGUACAACGUGCGAGUCAGUCGGUGUGUGGACGGGAACGAAGUGAGCAGCUGGAAUGUGAUACGACGCUACUCUGACUUUCACACUCUGCACUCGGUCCUCACGCAGAAGGUACAGACAAAAACGGGGGAAAACGUAGUUGAUUGAUGUCAGUGGAAACGUCAGAUUUUGAAGGGAAUUGAAGAAAAAUGUGAAUUUUCUGUCCGGGUUCUGGUCCGCUCGGAAUAUAUAUGGCAAGUGGUCCAAAAGCCCGUGCCAGCUCUGAAUUUACGGCCUAAUCGUUCGCGCAAAUUACAGUUCCCGAAACUGGCGACGCUCUCAUUCCCGGGCAAAAAGACGUUCAACAAUCUGGAAUCGCAGUUUCUGGAGAAACGAACGAAGGCGCUGAACAUGUACAUGGCGACCAUUCUGCAACCGUCCCUCCUCCGCAACUACCCCGAAAUGGACCGUGUCGUUUUCGAUUUCCUCUCGCAGAAACGCUACGCGAACUCGGAUCCGCUGACGAAAAAGCUGAUGUCGGCGAUGUUCGAUCCGAUCCGCAAUGGCGUCAAAGCGAUGGGCAACACGGUGAUGGCGGUGCCGGAUCAGGUCUUCGAGGGGGUCACCAAGAUGGGCGCCGGCAUUAACAACGCCGCCAAAAUCAUCAUCAAUCCGAUCAGCGGCGGCAGUGUUCCCAAAGGACCGCCGGUCAUGGAGACGGAUCGAGUCGCCGCCUCGCUUACGGAUACGGUACGUGUGGGGGACCACUGGGACGAGGCCCUCAUUCACAUUUGACUGGCGUUUCACACGUUUUCCAUGAGAAACAACUGAGAACGCUCAAAAUUCUCCAUUUCCGACACUGAUCUGGUCAAAAACUGAGAUUUUUAAAUCCAAUUCUAAAAUCCGAAUAAAACGAUACAUUUUUCUUGUUUUGCAGGAAGCGGAGAACAUUCCGCUGCGCGUGCUGGUCCUAGUGGUCAGCGAGGUGUUCGGCGCGCAAGGAAGUGCGUGGUUCCGGCGACAAGUGGUCACCGUAAUCCGGCACAUUGUCACUCCGUUCGGCACUUCGAUCAACAAACGCAUCGUCGACAUUGUCAACUGGCUCACUUCCGAACAGCAAGUCGGCGGAUAUCUCAACUCGUUUCGGUAGGAACCGGAUAAUAUCGGGUUGGAAAACAAAUUGAAUAUUGUACAGAAAAUCGUUUUGGCCGGACGGAGAGUUGGCCGGAGAAUACGUGCCGAAACCGCCGGAGUUCCACCAUAAAACGCGAAUUUUGGCGAAGACGCUCAUGUUGUCAUCGCUGCCCGACGAACUGCGCAUCAUUCUAGGCACCAAUGUCAGCUACAAAGUACGGAAAUGGAACAGUCUGAAACUAUUGAAAGCUGUCUGAACUACUUCCGCAAUCUAGACAUUUCUGACUUUUCCCGGACUGUUGGUCAUACAUGUUUAACCGAAAAUACAAUUUGAAAUUGUUUGUAAAAAUCCACUCUUUUGCAGGGAAUCAACACAAUAUCGGAGGCGUUCCAGAACAAACAACUCAACCGACGUUUGCUGUACGUGCUUCUGGAGCGCCUGCUCAUAAAAGUGUUCCCGUCGAAUCGAUUCGAGAAGAUUUUCGCCCAAUUGCACUCGAAAUCGCCGAGAACCAAGAAAAUGUGAUAGUUUUUAAUUUUUUGAACAUUAGCUUUUUUCUCCAAUUUUCCCCGUCCCCAAACCCCUAAUGGUUGUGCUGAAUUUGAAAAAUCUGUGAAAAAAGUGUGUUUUUUCCUCAAUUUUUUCACCUUCCGCUCAACACCUUGGUUGUGAUAGUUCAAAUUUUUCCCGCCAUGUUUGUAUACACCAUUCCUCGCGUCUCUUUUUUUUGCCAUUUUACACCCAUCUCACCGGUUUUUCACAUUCUAACGUUCACAAAGCCUCUCCGAAAAUGUCUUGUGCCAAAGUGUGUCAGCCAAAUGAUGAAUUUUCCAUGUUAAACAUUUUUUUUUUGCGAUUAUAUUUCCAUUUCUUCUUCUGCGUGUUUUUCAGCAAACGCCUGGCUAUCUGUGAAGCAGUACUAUGAAAUUGAAUCAAUUUUGAAAAAAAUGUCAAGAGUUUGCAACAAGUCUCUUGCCAUCACACUUUGUCGAUAGCGAUUGGACGCAUCAAGAACGCCGCCACCAUGGUGCACUUUUUGCUCCGAUCACUGUCGCAAAAUAAUAGAGGCAGAGAGUCUAUUGGCCACGUUCCGCUUUUUUACCCUUUUUUUGACGGUAAAAAUGCCAGCAAAAGCCCACAUCUUUUCUAUUCCUCUCACGUUAAAUUCUAUCAUUUUUUUCAGGUCCCUUCGCGGUCACAAACCUUCAGAAAAAUAGCAGAGAAACAGGUAAGAGAAAAGUUUUUUCGGUUACCAAAUUGUUGCUUGUGUGCUCUAAUAAAUCAUACCAAAGCCCGUAAAUCGACACAGCCCGCUUGUUGCAAGUGCGCCCCAUUGAGCACUCGCCCCUUGCCAGAUUCUAAUUUUCGCAAAAAAAGUUGCGCGUUUCGUUGCUGAACAAUAAAAAAUUGCAGCCACGCCGCCUACCCGAUAGAGUCGUUCUAUUGCAAAAUGCCGCUGAAGGAGGGCAGAGGCAGACAGUGCAUGCACGUGGCGCCGCUUCAGGACCUCAUCGAGCACGUCUCCGCGCACAUGUAACUUUCUUUUCCUAAUUGUCCACAAAAAAACGCGUAAUUUCCAGGGGAUUCGAGGUUUUCCAAUGCCGAAAGUGCAAGAUUGGUUUUCGAGACGGAGAUCGAGAAGCCGAACGGCCGACGAAGAGCGAACACAUGAUCGCCGCUCCAGAUCGUCGAGAAGAACCGAACGGGGAAGGAAUUUGAAGCCGGACUCGUGAGUGAUAAUCGGACGGUCUCGCCGCGAAAUUCAUCUUUGAACGCGCUUCGAAAACUGCUGGAAAUUCGGAGAAAAGCAUACUAUCGGGGCAUCUCAAAGUGAAAGCGCUCUGUCGAGAAACCCCUCUUUUUGUGAUCUCCGGGUCCACGAAACCGAUGCCCCGAUAGUACAUGAGCGGAAUAUUUAAAUCGUGCUUAAAAAAAUGUUCGCCGUGAAAGCAAUCUACUAAAAUUGCGCACAUUUUCAGGAUGAUCUCGACGGUGGUGCGGAAGCCGAGCGCAUUCGGACAGGGCUCGUCCGGGAUCUCCUACUCGACUGCGCGAUCCGGGUCGCCGGGAUUCGCGCGAUUAUCGCCCAAUUGCACUCGAAAUCGCCGAGAACCAAGAAAGUAUAA